UCGUGUCAUCAUAAUAUUCUUCAUCUUCUUCUUCUUCUUCUUUAAUGUUGACAGUUGUACUUUUUCAACCCUUUUUUCUGUCUAGUGUUUGGGGCUGACUAUGCAAGCCUACCAACCAUAAACUUUACUGAUUGCCGUGAAAGUGCCUGCGCUUCAAUUGCAAUUGUUGAUGACGCUAUUGCUGAGGACACCGAAUCGUUCACUAUAUCUCUCGAGCUGAGAUCUAACCUUACCAGCCAGGUUAAAAUCACCCCAGAGAUUGGAGUUUUCACUAUCCUGGAUGAUGAUGAUGUGAUGGUUGGGUUUUAUCCUAAUGUAUACUCAAUAACUGAGGCAGAGGAACAAGUUACUGUGUGUGUGGAAGUUCUUAACUCUUUCAAUGGGAAACACCUUCAUUCGUUUUCAGUUGUUUUGCUACCAACAUCAGUAUUUGAGACAUCCAAUGCAGCUGAUGAUUGCUACAAGGAAUUAUACUUUUCUACAUCUGAGUCGAGAAAAUGUCACAAAUACAGCAUUGAUAAUGAUAAUGAGUGUCAGCCUACAUUCUUCAACAUUGGUCUAAGUAUUAUUUCAACAAUGGGCAAUCGAGUACAGCUACAAUCCAACCUCUCAAAUGCAACCAUUUUCAUUGAUGAUAGCAGAGAGCCCGAAUGCUAUGUGACUAUUGGUCUAAGUCAGACAGUGUACUCAGUGGUGGAAGAAGAGGGCGUGGCUGUUGUGUGUACAUCUGUUCUCUCUGGAACUACUUCUGGGAGGACGUUCAGUGUCAGCUACCAAACUGUUGAUGGUGAUGCCAAAGCUCCUGGUGAUUAUAUGCCAACCAAUGGAAACUUUGAUAUAACUGACUCAAACCCGGAACAGUGUACUUCAAUUGCAAUCAUAUCAGACAAUACUACUGAAGUUGGGGAUGAGUGCUUCAAUUACACGAUAUCAACUAACUCCACAAUUUUUGGGUUUACUGUUGAUCCUUCUUCAGCGACUAUAUGUAUCAGCGACCUCAAUGAAGUUACAUCGUCACUUCCGCAAGCAGCCUCUUCACAAACUGUGGUUAUUGUAGCAGCAGUGCUAGGGACUCUAAUUCUCAGUGUGAUUGUCGGUUUCGUUGCGGUUACUGUAAUUAUAUCAGCUUAUAGAAAGAGAACCAAGGAAAGGAGAAACUUGGAAAGCACUUCUGCUCGUGAACCGCAUUACUCUUCUCUGAGUGAAGGCAGGCGAGCUGACUUUUUGCAACAUCUCCGAGAGCAACUGGAAAACAAGAAAAUGAUAUACUCAAAGGAUCAAAUUCAGCUCUCCACCACAGUUGGACAAGGAGAGUCUGGACUUGUGUACAAAGGUUACAUUAGAACGGCGGUUGGUAGCGACAUUGUUGCAGUUAAAACCGGAAAAGCACUUUCUUCAACACGUGACUUGAAGACAUUGGCAAAGGAGGUGUCCACCAUGCUGUCUUUCGAACACGAAAACGUGAUGUCUCUUAUUGGAGUGUGCAUUGAUGGGGAGAUGCCCCUAAUCAUCAUGCCAUUUAUGUCAAACGGGAGCGUGCUAGACUACCUCAAAAAUCGCAAAGAUAAUCUGCUAGUAACAGGCCAAUUUCUAAAAGAAGAGGUAGAAUUAGCAUGUAAGACACUUCUUUGGAUAUGCCUCCACAUUGCAAAAGGAAUGGAAUAUCUUUCUGGACAAAAGUUUGUUCAUCGUGACCUGGCAGCAAGGAACUGCAUGUAUGAGUGUGUGACCUUACUACAUAUUAUAAUGCAUGUUAGUGUCCUCUAUCAUUAAGUGACGGGUUUCUGAGUCAUGGCACUGUGUGUGGGUUUUGCCUUUGUCUUGUAUUGUAUUAACUUUGCGCCCAGCACUUUGCUCCCUGCCCUUCUGCUUUAGUGUUGGUUCGGGUCCCACCUAUAUAGGGGAGCUCUUUUUUCUUUGGAAAAAGUUGUUUUCCUAGGUGUGUACAGUUGGGCUGUUCGAUAUUUAUUUGCACUGUGUUUAGUUACACCCUGUGAUUACUUGUGGAUUUAAAACAGGAUUAAUGGAGAAGGGGUCAUCAAAGUAGCUGAUUUUGGACUGACAGAGGACAUGUACAACACUAACUACAUUCGUCGAAGGAAAAAGAGUGAGACAGAAGAGAAAGUCCCCAUCAGGUGGAUGGCUGUUGAGAGUAUUGAAAACUGCAUCUACACCGAGGCUUCUGAUGUGAUUCAAUGUCAUGGUCUGCUGCUGGAAACUGGAAUCUGGUGAACGUCCAAAGUUCUCUGAUUUGGUAGUCACAGUGAAUGACCUCCUGGAAAGAGAUGCUGGCUACAUGGAGCUUUCUCGGUUCCCAACUCUUACAGUGGCUACUACAACAUCCCCACCUCCAUCUCCUGCUGAUCAUCCUCAGAUUGAGCUGACAGAGAUGGCAGUUUCUGAGCCAGAUGUUGCUGAGAAAGAAAGUGACCUACGAGUGUAAAUGUAUUCUUAAACUGACUGUCUGUUAUAAAGAUAAAAGAGACUCAGUUAAUUGUAUUUUUGUACUCUUUACCCCUCUUACAUAUGCACAGUGGUGUUGGUGUCCAUUUGAUGUCACAUUUAAGGCAGAUUUAACACUCUUAACUUGAAUAUAUAGCUCUUCUACGAAUUGGAACUGUAGUUGUGUUUGAAAUGAUUCUGUACUAACUUUUAGAAUGGCACACUAUACUUGAUGUUAAUAUUUUGCAAG